CGGAGCCAUGCCUCCUUCGAGAGGCGGGGGGAAUAAGGGCGGCGUUAAGGGGGUACACUGUGGCAUUACAAGCCGGGUGGGAUUUUUUUCUGAAGUUUAGGAGGAGAGCAAAGUUUGGGAAGACGGGUGACCUAGAUUUUACUCAGCCAUGCAUAUUCAGGAGUGGUUGCGCUCCCUCCGCUCUGGUGGGGGUGAGCAGUUGGAGGUGGAGGACCUGCGGAGUCUGCUGCCAUCCCUGCCGUCUCUCUCCUCCCUCUCUAGUCUGCUGGGGCUGGGUGCCCUGGCCUCCCUCACAGCCUACUGGCUUGCGACCCGCCCGCGAGCUAUUCGCCCGCCCGUCGACCUCCAGUCUCAAUCCAUAGCUGUACAGGGAGACCCCAGCUGCAGACGUUCUGCCCUACUUCCAGAUGACAACCUGUUGGACUUUUACUUCGAGGACACAAAGACAGCCUAUGACAUGUUCCAAAGGGGACUCAGAAUAGCAGGGGAUGGACCUUGCCUCGGCUACAGGAAACCUGGGCAGCCAUAUGAGUGGAUCUCUUAUACUGAGGUGGCAGAGCGGGCGCAGGUGCUGGGCUCGGGGCUGCUGGCCAAAGGCUGCCAGCCCAACCCGAAGCAGUUUGUGGGCAUCUUUGCACAGAACAGACCUGAGUGGGUUAUUGCAGAGAUGGCAUGCUACACCUACUCCAUGGCAGUGGUGCCACUGUAUGACACUCUGGGAGUGGAGGCGAUGGUGCACAUUCUUGAUUUAGCUGAGAUCAGCCUGGUGUUGUGUGACAAAGAGGAGAAGGCGAUGGCCCUGUUGACCAAUAAGGAGAAGGGUCUGACUCCCAAACUCUCCUGCCUGGUGCUCUUUAAUGAUUACAGCGACGCCCUGGUGGAGAGGGCACAGAAUAACGGCGUGGAGAUCUUACCACUGGAGCAGCUCAUGAAUUUAGGACGACAGAAUCUUCAAGCUCCAAUGCCUCCCCAACCCCAGGACCUGGCUGUGGUUUGUUUCACCAGCGGCACCACAGGAAAGCCUAAGGGAGCCAUGAUCACACAUGGCAAUAUAGCCUCCAAUACGUCCUCAGUCAUCAAGAUCCUGGAGGGCUACUUUGUGAUUCGUCAAGAGGAUGUGUCAAUCUCCUACCUGCCCCUGGCUCAUAUGUUCGAGCGCAUGAUUCAGGUGUCCAUGUUCUGUCACGGAGCGCGGGUGGGCUUCUAUCAGGGGGACAUCUCUCUGCUCAUGGACGACAUCAAGACCCUCCGGCCCACCUUCUUCCCCGUGGUGCCCCGCCUCCUCAACCGCAUCUACGACAAGAUCAUGGGCGCGGUGACGUCCCCCUUCAGACGUGCCAUCCUGCAUUACGCAGUGAGGAGGAAGCAAGCGGAGCUCAGCAGUGGAGUGGUUCGCAACAACAGCCUGUGGGACCGCCUGGUGUUCAACAAGAUCCAGGCUGGUCUGGGGGGUAAUUUGCGAUUCAUCCUGACAGCGUCAGCUCCCAUCUCCCCUACAGUUCUGACAUUCCUGAGAGCAGCCCUUGGCUGUUUGAUCUUCGAGGGCUAUGGGCAGACUGAGUGCACAGCUGGCUGCACCUUCUCCAUGCCUGGGGACUGGAGCGCUGGCCAUGUUGGAGCACCUUUGCCCUGUGCUAUGGUGAAGCUGACGGACAUACCAGAGAUGAAUUAUUUGGCCAAGAAUGGAGAAGGAGAGAUCUGUAUUCGGGGUCACAGUGUGUUCCGCGGAUACCUGAAAGACGAGGAGAAGACGGCUGAGGCUUUGGACAGUGAUGGCUGGCUCCACAGCGGAGAUGUGGGACAGUGGCUGCCUAAUGGGACUCUACGCAUCAUUGACAGGAAGAAGCACAUCUUUAAGUUGUCCCAGGGCGAGUACAUAGCCCCCGAGAAGAUCGAGAACAUCUACUCACGCUGUUCCCCGGUACUACAGGUGUUUGUACAUGGAGACAGCUUACAGUCUCACCUGGUAGGACUCGUGGUGCCAGACCCGGAGGUGUUCACAGACUGGGCCAAAGAGAGGGGCAUUGUGGGCUCAUACGAGGAGCUGUGUCAGAAUCCAGAUGUGAAAAAGGCCGUGUUGGAGGACAUGACGGCAGUAGGGAAGGAGGCAGGACUAAAGUCCUUUGAGCAGGUGAAGGACCUAUGCCUGCACCCGGAGCAGUUCAGUGUGAGUAACGGCCUGCUCACUCCCACCAUGAAGAGCCGCCGUGUCGACCUGCGCAAAGCCUUCCAAGAACAGAUCACCCUCAUGUACGGCAAAACGACUGCUUAGAGGCCCCUGAACUAGACAAACUAGCUCACAAACAAACACACACAAAUGACCUAGGUGGUUUCAUGUUGUUAAACACAGCGAGCCUCUGUUUUGGUGCCUAGGGUGUUUUUGCACCCUCAUCUGGCCUGAGCGUUUGUGUUUAUCUUGUUAGCAUUUUUAGCAAAUCACAGUUGUAGACUUCCUGCCACACUCGAACACUGAGUUCUGAAAGCACACACACACCCAAAUCCAGCUCUCAAAGAAUGUUGCUUAAGGUACCCAGGGGAACCAGACCACCAGUGGACGUGCUGUUCUUGCCCUGUUCUGAUUAUAGCAUACCUCACUCACAUAACUAGAGCACAAACACACAGGCAGGGGCCUUUCUUAGCCGAGCAAGAGAAUGGGUUGCUCACAUCCACUUCUGUUUAGAAUGUAGUGUGUGUGUGUGUGUGUGUAUAUAUAUGAUUUAGAGGUUCCCAGGCAAAGGAUUCUGGGAGUGGACUUAAAGGGAAUGGCCCCCUUGCGUAUCCGUCCCCCUCUUUAGGUAGAGCGCAAAGCCAGUCCACAGCAACUUAAAGGGAUCUGCAUUGUGGCCCUUUACUUUAGCUCUAGCGUUUAGCUUUAUUCCGGUCCCACGAAAAAACACAUUGCUCUUUUAAAACAUGUCAUUGAAGUGUCAAGCAUCUUAAACCAGUUCCCUGCUACUUGUUGCGUUGUGCGAGAGGGAGUUUCUCAUGAGUGCGGACCCGACGUAAUUUAUGCAGCUUGUGUAAUAUACCGUGAGCCUGUAAAUGAUAACGUGCAUUGUUGUAAAUAUCGAAUAUAGGAGGAGAAAUAAAUGACUUGACUAAUGGCCAAUCAUAUAGAGGACUACAGGAUAAUUGUUGGAUUUCUUACAAGGAAUAAAAACACUGUUACAGCAUGGAAA